ACUGUGACUCAUAUUCUUCAUUCUUUCGUUACUAGACAGACUUAUCUUAGUACCUGUAACUUUUUUGACACUGUGGUAUGCUCUCGUCAGUGUUUCUGUAGCUUAAAGGAUAAAGUCAAGGUUCUGUUUUCCCUCUUUUUCUCUCCAGUAUCGCCAUGCAAACAGUUCUCGCAGCUCUAGGAAAGGUUGCCCUCAAGGAAAAGAAUUAGACACAUCGUCACGUUCUCUUACUUUCAACUGCCUAAGUGGAAGUUAUUGGAGAUUUGAAGGGCAUUUUUACGAUCCUUCUGAUGGUUUAACAGUAUUCUUUACUAACCAAAGGGAAAAACUUUCACGCCAAACCAGGAAUUCACCUCUGUGAUGCUGGACACUCAUGCAUACGAGAAAGCGAAGCAUUUCAAAAUACGGCCGUAAAAGAACAAUUUCUCCUUGAUCUCGAGAGAUAAUCGAUAGUAAUAAUGAUCAACGCGAUAUUUCCAUAGUUCUAUACAUAUAUAGAAAAAAAAAUCGUUAAAGCUUGCGAUACUUUUUCAUGGCAGUAUGAUUUUUUUAUUUAUUGUUUUUUUUUUUGGUUCAAUAACAAAUUGGUCUUGACAUGAUGACCCAUAUUUUCGCCUCUCUUAUUGCUACGUAACCCUGCAAUUUAGAUCACUAAUUCUCAAAUGGCUUGAUAUUUCCUCAUGCACCACCGCUUAGAGUUUCUAUUUUGGAUGAACACAAGAACAGGAUACCAUGCUCAUGUACGUACAUAUAGCAUACAUGAAUGACCACCACCUUCACCUCUUCUCUCAUCACGUGGUGUCUAAUGGAUCAGGUAUGCUCGGUAUGCACGGAAGGUCUUAUUUACUUUCACGAGGUUAUCAUCUAAUGGGGGCAUCGGUGGAGUUGAGUCAAUAUUGUUUGCUCGGCAUGUGUGUCUCAGGGAAUAGUUGUUAAUGAGCAGUCACGGGGAGUUGUGUGAGAGUGCGAAUGGAGAACGUAAAUGGUCGGAGUUGGUCUCGUUCUACCUCACACACAACAAAAGGGAGUUUUGACACCAGAAGUCACUCAGAAACGCGUAGGUCAGCCAGCUCUUGACGACAUUGCAAGUUAACAUGACGUCACGCGGUCUGACACAAACACACGUCACUCGUAGGGGUAAAGCAAGGGAAAACAAGGCUACGAUAGAAAGUUGAGGAAAAACAACUGCAAAUAUUAGCAAUUAUUCACGUAAAAAGCCACAUUGCGAGUUUAUGAUGAAUGCAUAAUCUUUAUUUUCGUUUAUUUACCUAUUUAUCAUAUUGAUUCAACUGCUCCGCCCCCGCCACAGGUGACGUUCGGGUCAGAAUGAAUCCGUAGGUAGUCCUGGCUGGGAUUAGUGGUGGUGCAGUCUGCGCUUCUACUUUGCAGUGUCGGUCCACCGCCACUCAUGCACAUUCAGUGUGGAGAAAGAAAGGAAGAGACACUAGUAAUAAGACAAACACGGACAGUGGAACGUUACGGAGAGUAACGGCAAAAGACGAAUACACAGUACGCCAAGUGUUUGUCGGACACACGCCUAUACGGGAUGGCGGAGUCUCUCGCCUUGAUGGAGUCCGUGGAGGAGGGUCUGCGGAGGGGCAUAAGACAAGCGCAGAAUGACGGGCACGCCUCGGCCAGGAAUCCUGGAGUGUACGACACCUUUGAGCACAGGGAAGAUGACGCGAGCGAUGAUGCAGACCGCUUGCGGGGCCGGAAGGUAAAGAGGGCAUCAAGGUGCUCGCCUGUGGCACUAAUCCGCUACGUGGUGAGUGCAGUGCGCCGUAACCGCCCGCAGGAGACGAGGCCGCUGACGGAGAGGAGCGCCACCACCACCACUGGCUGCUCUUCACAGAUAACAAGGUUCCUGCCCAGGCUGGUGUGGAACAUGGCCUCCGGUGCGGCGCAUGGAGUUAUGGAUGCCGGGGCGUGGCUCAUUGAGGGUCUGAAGGACUACGCCAAACAUGGGGGUCUGUAUUAUGUCCCCGGCGAGACUUUGAGUAUGAGGCGCUGAACACUGACAGACACACGCCGCCCUUCCUGCCCCGCCACAGUCCUCCCGGCGCUGUGUUUACCUUUCAGCCUCACAAAGCAAGACAUUGAAGUGAAGACAGCACAGCAUGAGAUAACAGGGUAAUAAAAGGAGGAAUUUAAGAUUCUCUCUCUCUCUCUCUCUCUCUCUCUCUCUCUCUCUCUCUCUCUCUCUCUUUUCUCCAUGUGCAGUACUUUGAAGACAUUAUGUAACUAUGAUAACUGUAUGAAUAGUUAGCUAGCCUACACGUGGCAGCUAAUUUUCUCUCUCUCUCUCUCUCUCUCUCUCUCUCUCUCUCUCUCUCUCUCUCUCUCUCUCUUAGCCACACACAAUAUAAACAAACAUUGGAUAAGCUAAAGAUAACAAGGCAGAUAAUGUAAACACAACACUAACAGUGGUAUCAGAUACAGGAGUUGCUAAAUAGGGUAUUAGUGGCCGUUUCAUGUUAAGGCAUUAUACAUAUGUGGCCUUACUGUAUAUGCGUGUGUGUAGAGCGUAUAUGGCAUGUGUGUGUGUGUGUGUGUGUGUGUGUGUGUGUGUGUGUGUGUGUGUUUUAAGAAUGAUUCAGUAAACAACUACGUAAUAUUCUUGUAUAGUGAACAAAAAGGUCGCUUCUUUUGUUUCAGCUUCACAAAUAUAUGUAGUUAUCAUU